AUGGACGGCACGUUGACAGUCAGCAACAUCGACUUCAAGACGAUGCGCGAGGAUGUAGCCAUCCCCGAGGGGGACCUGUUUACUGUGAUGGAGUCGUGGGACGACGAGGAGCGCAUCGCGAAGGCGAUGGAACGCAUCCUGGAGCUCGAGGCCGAGGCGCAGGGCACGCUGAAGCCCAUGCCGGGCCUGGAGGAGCUCCUGCGCUGGUGCAAGUCCUCGGGCCUCAAGGUGGCCGUGGUCACGCGCAACACCCCCACCGCGGUGGCCACCUUCCUGGCGCUGCUCCCCGACGACCUGCGCGACUGCUUCGACACGAUCAUCACGCGCCACCACCGCUGGGUCAAGCCGGACUACCGCCUCCUCGUCGGCCUCGCGGAGGAGUGGGGCGCCCCGCUCCCGGCCCUGCUCAUGGUGGGGGACUCCACAGAGGACGUCGAGGUGGGCAACGCGGCGGGCACCGCGACGGCGCUCAUCGCGGGGGGCGGCAACGAGGUCGGGGGCGCGCAGCCGCCGCCGGGGGCGAUUCCGACCGUGCGCGUCGAGUCGCUGACCGACCUGUUGCAGCAGCUGCAGGAGGGGCGCAUCGCGCAGGGCUGGGGCCGCCCGGGGACGCCCGAGGGCAUGGCGAGCCUGUCCGCAUCGAUCGACGAGGACGGCCCGGAGGCCGCGGCGGGGGCUGCGCCCGGUGCGCCCGCGCCCGGCGUCGACUUUUUGGAGGCGCUGUACAACCGCGGCGCGAUCCGGACGGCCGCGGCGAGCUUCCCGCGGAUGGGCGCGGCGGCGGGCGGGCUGCAGGCGUCCGUGGACCAGGACGGCGACCGCGUGCUGCACCUCGCGUGCGGCGCGGGCCCGCUCACGAAGCUCCUUGCCAGUCAGGGGCUGGAGGCGGUCGGAGUGGACGCUGACGUGGCGGCGGCGACGAAGCGCGGGCUGUGCUGCGCGCAGUAUGACGGCGAACCGCUGGGAGAUCUUGCCCUGGAGGGUGCGAUGCGCGUUGGUCCGUCGGCUGCGGGGGGGCCUGCGCCGGUUGAUGCGGUGGUGCUGUAUGCGGCGGCGGCGGACGUGCGCGGGCGUGAGUUGGCGGGGCUGCUCGUGAGCGGGGCUGGCGUGGCCGAGGUGGCGCGCGUGCUGGCGCCGGGCGGGACGCUGUGUCUGCAGGCGCCGUUGACGCGGGAGGAGGAGGCGGCGUUGGUGGGGGCGGUGGAGGGGCGCGGGCUGGAGGUGCGGCGGAGGGAGCGGGUGGGGGCGGCGGGCACGGAGCUGCGGCUGGUCGCGCAGGCCAGCGGGGGGGAGGGACGCAAGCGCAAGGGCACUGAGCCCCGCGUGAAGGGGACGGUGGUGGAGCGGUCGGCGUUCGACGUCGCUGUGCUGGGGGACACGGCUGAGGCUUACUUAUGUGCAUAUCGGCUCGCGAAGAGCGGCCGUGACGUCGUUAUGAUCGAGAGGCCGUUCCCAGGAUGCCCACCAGACAGCUCCCUCGGGCCCUCACACCGAUGCGUGCACAUCCCGAACCUGGACCCGGUCCUGGCGCACCUCGGCCAAGAGGCGCUGCCGGUCUGGAAGACGCUGACGUCCACCUCGAAGGCGAUAGCCCGUGAGAUCCCCUCCGUGGACAUUGGCAUGGGCAGCCCCCCGCUGGGCGGCUUCGGAGGAGCGCCCGGCGUGAUGGGGGGCGUGGCGGAGGAUCUCGGAGGCAUCGAGGGGCUCAUGGACGUCUGCACGACCGCGGGCGUGCCCGUCAGCCUGCUCACGCCGGGCCAGGCGGCCGAGCGGUUUGCGUCGCUGUCCAAGGUGGCAAAGGGGCACCUCUGCCUGCUGAACGAGUCCGGCCUGGUCGUGGACGUGGCGGCCGCCAAGCAGGCCGCGAGGGCGCGGGCGGUGCGGGCGGGCGCGGUCGCGGAGGCCGACCGCGAGCUCCUCGGGUGGGAGGACUGCCGCUCGACGUUCCGCCUGCGAGUCGCGGCGCCGGGCGCGAACGAGGAGGCGCACUUCGAGGUCGAGCAGGUGGUCAUCGCGGCAGGCUCGUUGAGUCACUCCGUCAUGUCGGGCUUCGGGGACUCGAUCGCUCACACGGUGUCCGCCGACGUGCUGCCCCGCGCGGCCGUCAGGUCCCCGGAGCUGCCGGUGCCCCGCUCGUUGGUCAUGUACCACGACCCUUGGGGGUACAUCCCGCUCAUGGCCCGCGACGUGGACCCGAACGAGACGUCGCGUGCGAGCAGCUUGCGGAAGCAAGUGGGAUCCGUGUACGGUUCGCCGAGCGGGCGCGGCUCCACGGAGUCCAGGAACCCGGCGCUGAUUGAGUCGGCGCGCAAGGAGGCGCCCAGCGACCAGCCUGGCACCCCCGACAUCCCGCACACGAUGUACGGCUGGUACAUGUCGCCCAACCCGCGCGGGUCGUCGUUGUGCGGCCUCCUCGAGCGGCCGUUCGGCGGCGGCAAUCCGGGCAGCCGCGGCAACGCGACGGGCGCGGACUGGUUGACGGACGAGGUGUACAGCAGCACGAUGGGCAUCAUGAUGCGGCACGCCAGCACCACAGUGCGCGGCUUCCCGCCCGAGCACAGCCACAAGAGCCGGCGCAUGCAGGUGGCGCUGAUCAGCCCCGACGGCCGCCCGCUCGUUGCGCCCCACCCGCUGCUGGAGGAGCUGCGCGUGGUGUCCAUCGUGCCAUGCCAGGCACCUGCGUCUCCCCCUGGGACGUCGUUCCACGUCUCGCCGCUGCUGGGCGAGAUGGCUGCGCGGAUGGUACUGGGAGGCACGAUGGGCGUCACCAUGCACCGCGUGCUGGGGCGCGAACGCCGCGGCCUGGAGACCGCGUUGGAGAACGAGCCUGUCUUGCCGCCGUACGACGCGUGGGGCACGUACGGGACCAGGGUCAGCGAGGGCGCGAAGGCGAUGAUCGCUCUCGCUCGCGCGGGGCGAGGUGGCUCGACGCUGGACUCGAUGAGCAGCGACACCGAGGGCUCUGGGCGGUCCCUGGACGUGUGGCUCGGAAUGUGA